AUGGAAGCUAUUAUUAUCAUUGAUGUACUGCGACGAGCUCAAGCCAAAGUUGUAGUGGCAUCUGUUGGAGAUGAACUAGAAAUUGUGGCUUCUCGAAAAGUAAAACUAGUGGCAGAUAUGCUACUUGAUGAGGCUGCCAAACGUCCAUACGAUCUUAUUGUUUUGCCUGUAAGUGAGGGUGGACUUGGUGGCGCCCAAGCAUUUGCAAGCUCAGUAAAACUCGUAAAUUUGCUAAAGAAGCAAAGGGAAUCAAAUAGACCCUAUGGAGCAAUAUGUGCAUCACCAGCUUUAGUCCUGGAGCCACACGGGUUACUCAAGGGCAAAAAGGCCACAGCCUUUCCUGCAAUGUGCAACAAGCUGUCAGAUCCAAGUGAGGCAGAGAACAGGGUUGUGGUUGAUGGCAAUCUCAUCACUAGCAGAGGACCAGGAACAGCCAUGGAGUUUGCACUGGCAAUCACAGAGAAGCUGUUCGGGCGGAAGAACGCAAUAGAGCUUGCAAAAACGAUGGUUUUUGUACGUCCAUAG